AUGCCAAAACGUCUAUUACAAUUAUGUUCAUAUCAUUCAUGGUCGACAGAAUUUUUUAAACGAAUCUUUUCAACAUCAUCUAUAAUACAAAGUCCACGUAUAACAAAUUCAGCAAAUAAUUAUCCGAGAAAAUUACCUAAAGAAACUUUAUUAAAAAAAUCAAAAUUAACAUUAUCAUCAACAACAACAUCAAUGACAACACAAACAUCAACAAUAAUUCUAUCAGAAACAAAUUCAAUUUUUUAUUAUUGUUAUCAUUCAUUAGUUUUACAAGUUUCAAUAUAUCAAUUUCAAAAUAAUAAAACAUCUGAACAAGAUAUAUUAUAUCCAACAACAGAAGAUUUUUUAAUACUUUUAAAUCAAUCAUCAUCAUAUCAACAAGAACAACAACAUCAACAUCAAUAUAAAUAA